AUGUCCUACCUUGACGGCCUCGACGACGGCGACCUACCCCCAACCUACACCGAAGCCGUCACCACAUCCCACACCGGCGGCAGCUUCACCAGCAGCCAUACCGGUCCCAGCUCCAGCACAGGCAACGAUAGCGUCCUGCUACCAUCCUCGCUAACAAACCCACUUACCUCUCCUCUGACCAACCAUCUUCGAACCCUUCCAAGACGUCUCUAUCAAGCCCAGCAGGCCCGCGCAACAGAGCAAGCCUCCCGCGAGCUAGACAUCAUCACCGCUCUGGUCCCUCACAUCGAGCACUUCCUCUCCAAUCUGGGAAACCACCCAUCCCACGCCGCCGAGUUAGUCCUCGUGCCGGAAGCCGCCGUGCCGAAAGGAUGGGUAAUGACUGGCGCGGCGGAGCGGAGACGAGAAGGGGAAGUGGUCAAAAUUGUCAAGGCCAAUCUGGGGAAACUACUGAGUCAGCACACCGGCUCAACAGCCGCGACCCAACCUCCAGGAAAAGGCGAGAAGUCAUCCUUCUCAAGAGAAGAAGACAAUGACGACGGCGACAGUCCCAACGAAGACAAGCCCGAGUUUGACGAAUGGGGUCGUUUCGAAUGCGAGGACACAGACGGUAUAGGGAACAGUGACACCUCCCAGUGGCUGUGGUUCAAAGACGAGGGAAUGGCGCGCAGACUGGCGACGUAUUUGAGGCCGGAGCCGAAUCUGGAGAGAAAGCAUGUCCAGGCUACCGUGGUGGAGAAGAAGGCGGAGAAAGGUAUUUGGAAGAGCUGGGGGUCGAAGAACAAGGAGAGGGUGGGGAGUAACCCGUCGAGUCCGACUACACCGGGAACGCCGGGGACGGGAGAGAAUGAGGAUGCUGUCAAGAUGGCUGUUAGGGCGAGGGAGAUUACGUUUCGGAAGGAGAAUGACUUUGGGGUGUGGGAGAGUCGGACGGGGUUCGGGAUUGUUUGUAAUGUGAGAAUUGCUGCGAGGUGA